GCAAAGCCGCCCGGUUGUGUGGCGCCCUCGGCGGCGGAGGGGCUCUCCUAUGCCAUGCAAGUCCCAUUUCCCACCCUUGCCCAAAUUUCUCGGCUCGCUUCCCACUUUCACCUUCUACUUUCUAACUUCGAUCAUCAUCUCAUACGACAGCGACUUUUAUCGCUGCACACUGCACACCCCCCACACUCAUGUAUAUCAUCCACCACCGCCAUCAUGGAUUCCACCACGGCCUCAUCGCCAGUGGCAUCAACGCCAUCUUCUACCACCAUGCAAUGUGUCCCUCGUAAAGAGGCCUACUACAAGCCUUCUGCCGAGGAGUGGGAGAGAGUGCGGCUGACAAUUCGACAAUUGUACAUUGAUGAGAAGAAGACCCUGUCCGAGGUUUCGGAGAUCCUCGGCACGAAUCACAACUUUUAUGCCUCGCCAAAGCAGUACAAGAAUCGUUUCAAGCAGUGGGGCCUCUGGAAGAAUCUCUCCACCAGAGAUGCCGCGAGGCUCAUCCAGCUGAAGGAAUCGAGGGAUUCAAUCGGCAAGACCUCAACUCUUGUGCGCGCAGGUCAGAAGGUCGACUUUGACCGCGUUGAGAAGACCAUCCGCCGCAGCAAGAACAGAAUCCCCAAGAGUACCGCCGAAGACAAACAGCCUAAGCUUGGCCGACCAGAGCCAGCAGCACCCGCUCGCAAUCAGCCGUCAAGGGUGGAAUGCCGCACUCCCUCGCCGGAGCCCUGUACUAACAAGGACCUGGACAUGCUGGACAGCCUGGACCCAUCCUGCUCCCGCAGCAGCCAUAAUGACACUCUCAGUAAUGAAUUUGGCGAUUUCUUGCCAGGGUCCGACUCUUUUGUCCCUUUUGUUAGCAGCAUCAGCGACGCUGUACCGUUUGAGCCAUUUGGAGCCAGCCGCUUUGAGGAUCCUUUCGUUGAGACCAUUUGGGACUGUUACGCCCGCACGCAUCACAAGUUGGCCUUGAGGUGCGAGUGGCUGCGGACCAAUUCCCUCUACGACCCAAUAUUAGAGCGUUUUAGAAGCGACAACGCACUUUUGGCGAUUCUCGAGCCUUUGGUUGCCACCAACGGACUUAUGCGGGAGUCGUUCCUCGCCAACUUCUUGUCGUCAUUUGAGCAUCGACCAGAACUCUCGGAAUUUGCCCUGGGUGUUCGUCAGACCAUUGAACAGGCUGUGGUCGCCAAGAACACGUCGCAGCACGUUGCAGUGAUCGAGAGAGCUGUGCAAUACCUAGGGCUACAAACAUACACCCGCCGCUUUAUCAGAACAACCAAGGACUCAGAUCCUAUUCAGUUUCCGACUCUAUCAGGAGAGGAUAACCCCUCCCUGAUGAAUGAGACCCCGGAUGGCUUGAGUCCAGGCCUCGACUUUCCAUCCCCAGGGACCGAAAUGCCACCCACGCCACCGAGUUGUAACGACUACGACAACGGCCCUAAUACGAACGAAUUCGAGGCUUCCGCUUUUGCUUUCCAUCUCGGGGAGAUAGACACGGCCGAGAUACGCCUGCGAGCCUUGACCAGCUACGAGGGCCCAGUUUCUGCCAAGGGGCAGGUGCUUAUGCGGCUGGCGUGGUACUGCUUGUCACGCGUGCAGCGGGAGACUGGAAGGGCAGAGGAGGCAGAUGGAAGCCUCAUGCAAGCCAUCCGGGGAUCUACGUUCUACCCAGCGACGGACGGCACAGAUUGGGACGAGGUCAGCUACCUCUUCACCUGAGCGGGGAGCGGAACUGCGCCCAAUCAGUCAGCCAGCAAAUGUACAAGCACGAUUACUACUGUUAUUGUGCACAUGCAGGCGGAGCGAAGAGCAAACAGGAUGUAAUGGUUCAAGGCGGACAGAUGCGACCUUGAGACAUUUCUGCCCGACACUGCCCGCGUUAGUCCGGAAUUUGAAGAGGGCGUAAUUUGUCUAUUAUUUUUGUGAACUGAUGAGUCACACCAAUCAAUCAGCGAGACCAGCACAGCCCAGCCUGAAAGAGCGCGGGGGCCAAAAAACAAUGAAUAAACCCCAAAGGCAUCAGGCAUGUACAGAGUAACUUUUAGCUAGCCCAGGUAGAGAACGGUAACAUACCCUCAGGCCAAU